AUGUUUGGAAAACUAUUGCUCACUGUUUUCAUCGUCAUCUUUAUGGCACAGGAAAGCAGCGGUUGCACUCUUCAGAAUUGGCGAUAUGAAAAGAACACGUAUGGGAAGCUAACAGUUCAAGAGAAUAAGAGCAACAAAACAUACUUGUUCAAUAUUGUUGAUAAUCUCCAAAUGUUACAUGUCAGAAAACACACUGUCUUUUUGUCAUUCUUUGAUAUAUCCUACUUUGAUCAGAAGAUUAACAUGAAUUUGAGUGGAACAUCAAAUUAUUUGGAUGUCAUUCAACAAGUGAAAGGAUGUUUCGAUACUUCCUUGGCUGAACUGUUCAUUUGCUAUGCCAUUUCCAACAGAAGAUUUGAAUGCUUUUUAGUGAAGGAGCAAAGUAUUGAACAUCCAACCAUUAAACAGCUCAAUUACAUCCCCUACUCGAUUAUCAUUUUGAUUCAAUUUUCCAUUUCCGUUUUAAUAACAAUUUAUAUGGGAUGUUGUAAUAAGAAAAUUUAUGGUACAACUAAACAAACUCAGAAAAAUACCAAUCCAGAACCACAAACCAAGAAAAAACCCCUACAGAGGGAGAAGUCCACGCCGCCUUCAACAAACAAUGAUGACAUUGAACUAGAUGAACAACAGGUCCAACAAACACAUGAACAUGGUGAGGAUGAUGGUGAGGAUGAUGCGGCUCAAGACGAAACAAAUUUAAUAGAAAGAACCACUACCUCUUCCACAGAACAAGAUGAAAAACCUACCUCUUCCUUUUCCACUUUUUCCGUUGUUGUCUUGUUUUUAAUAUCAAGAACGCUACGCCAGAAAAUCCCUUUUGUGAGCAAGUUGAACGAAAACACUUUCACAGGAAAAAACAUGUUUUUGUGGGUGGGCUGUUUUUGUGUUGGAUGGUUUGUUUUUAUGGAAGAUUUUUUUCCAGAAACCAUUAUCCCCAUCAUUUGUGGAAUAGUAUUAGCAAAGCUUGUGGUGAGUUUGAUUUUGGACUACACAUCCAAUGAGCGUUUAACAGAGUGGAGUGAAGUAAUUUAUUUUUUAUGUAGGUGUAUGAUGGGUGCUAUUUUUUUGAUUGCAAUUGUUAUUUACAUGAUCACCAGAACAAAAAAAUUUUACGGGUACAGUGAAAAUAUGAUUGGUGAAAAAUUAGUCUAUUGA